GCCCAGCGAAACUAGUAAAUGGCGACGAUUAGAGCAUGCACUAAAUACCCUGUCUCAGGGUCCAUACACGUUCAACUCCUAUAAGAAGACACCCCAUUUCCCCCCGGUCUCUCUACGGAGAAGAGAAAUUGAGACAAAGUCUCAAAGCCAAAGGUGCAGGACAGUGCCAACUCCAUGGAGGCAGGCUUAGGCUUCGAGGUGGCCAAAGGCAGCGAAGCUAUGGUGGACUUUGAUGAUGAUGGCCGUGUCAAGAGAACAGGAACAUUGCUGACUGCUAGUGCCCACAUCAUUACUGCAGUGAUUGGGUCUGGAGUGCUCUCUCUGGCUUGGUCCGUAGCUCAGCUGGGCUGGGUGGCUGGGCCUACAGUUCUCUUAGCUUUUUCUCUCAUCACUUGGUUCUGCGCUAGAUUGCUUGUGGAUUGCUAUAGAUCUCCCAACCCAACGUACGGCAAAAGGAACUACACUUACAGGGAUGCCGUGAGAUCCUACUUAGGAGGAAUGAACUAUAAACUAUGUGGAGUGGCUCAGUAUGCUAAUCUCGUAGGAGCUGCCAUUGGGUACACCAUCACCACAGCCAUCAGCAUGGGGGCCAUAAAAAGAUCCAAUUGCUUUCAUAAGCAUGGCCAUGAUGCAAUAUGUGAAGCAUCGAACAAUAAGAACAUGAUCAUCUUUGCAAGCAUUCAGAUAAUCUUGUCUCAAAUACCCAACUUUCACAAGAUUUGGUGGCUCUCAAUUUUGGCAGCCAUCAUGUCCUUCGCUUACUCUUCUAUUGGGCUGGGGCUCUCAAUUGCCAAAAUAGCAGAAGGGAUCGCUGCGAGGACCACCCUAACAGGGGUCACUGUUGGGGUGGACGUUUCUGCAAGUGAGAAGGUGUGGAGGGCAUUUCAAGCUCUUGGGAACAUAGCCUUUGCCUUCACUUACUCCAACGUUCUUAUUGAGAUAGAGGACACGCUAAAAUCAGAUCCACCAGAGAACCAGGUCAUGAAGAAGGCCUCAAACAUAGGCGUGUCCAUCACAACGGUCUUCUAUAUGUUGUGUGGUGUCCUGGGGUACGCUGCUUUUGGGAACGAUGCACCUGGCAACUUCCUCACUGGAUUCGGUUUCUAUGAGCCAUUUUGGCUCGUUGAUGUUGGAAAUAUUUGUGUAGCCAUCCAUCUCAUCGGAGCAUACCAGGUGUUUACUCAGCCAGUUUUCCAAGUUGUUGAGAAUUGGUGGCACGGCCGCUGGAGCCGUAGACACUUGCUGACCAUUGAGCAUGUUGUCAGCAUUCCCUUCCUGGGUGACUACCCGUUCAGUUUCUUCCGCUUGAUUUGGAGAAUACUUUAUGUCAUCUUAACCACUGUGAUCGCCAUGAUAUUUCCUUUCUUCAAUGACUUCGUUGGUUUGAUCGGAGCUGUGUCAUAUUGGCCCCUCACAGUGUAUUUCCCUAUCGAGAUGUUCAUUGCUCAGGCUAAGAUAGGCAGGUUCUCUGCAACGUGGACAUGGCUCAAGGUCUUGAGUUUUGGUUGCUUGUUAGUGGCUCUACUUGGAACUUGUGGGUCACUCCAAGGCCUUAUUCACAGCGUUAGAGGGUAUAAGCCCUUUAAAAGUGCAUGAAGCAUGGUGAAGCACUAGCACCACUAGGGAGGUUAAUUCCACUUGAAUUUGUCUUUUUUUCCUUUUUUUUUU